AUGUCAAAGAGCGGCGCUACCGCAACCUCCAUUCGCGCUCGAGCUCUUGCGUGGGGCAAGCCUCGGGGAGCGAGAGCGGCUGAUCUCGCCACCGCGGCCGCAGAGGAAGAGGACGGAGAUGCUCAAGUGGGCUGCACCGCCUCCCAGAACAACGAGGCGGAGCUCCGCAAGCUCAGGGACGAGAACCAGUCGCUCAAGGACGAGAACCAGUCUCUCAAGAACCAGUCGCUCAAGCAGGUCGAGAACCAGUCACUCAAGGACGAGAACCAGUCGCUCAAGGACGAGAUCCAGUCACUCAAGGACCAGCUCCACAACUUCGGCACGCCGAGUGCGAUCGCCCCUUCGCGCGACGGCAAGGUCGACGCGGAGCCCGCAGCGGAGUGGGGCGUCGCUGGCUGGGUGGACUCCCUCGCCCUAACCGAGGUUGUGGCCGAGGCGCUGAAGGAGCCGGCAGGAACCAGAGACCCGUUCAAGUACGUGUGCAACCUCUCGCUCGCCGACCUCGAGAGCAAGCUCGAAGCGGUGAAGCUGAGUGGACUCGCUACGCUCCUCUGGUCCGCCAUUGAGAAGCUGCGCGGCCAAAGCGCCGCGACCGGGGCGGCGCUGAACGCCAAGUUCGCCGCGGAGGGCGACGCGUUCAAGGGUGAGAUGGGCUUCGGCGGCGUCGAGCAGUUCUACGGAGGCCUCGAGAAGCUCAUCGGGCCGCCGCUCAUGGUGGACGGCUCGCUCCUCAAGGCCAUGGAGACGGAGCACUGCGCAGAGAAGGAUGCGGACGUGCCGUUCGACACGUCCAACGGCAUCGAGGGUGCGACCUCCAAGCUCGAGUGGGAGUUUGUCGUCGCACCCGUGGUCGCGGACCAGGACAGCCGCUACGCCGAGCGUGGCGGCGACUUCCGCAGGAGGAAGCCACACCCUGUCAGGAGCGGAUCCGUCAGUUAG